UACAGCGCCAGAGGAAUGACUCAAACCGAAACCCCCUCUCGGUCCGAAACGAGGGCCAGCUGGUGGACAUUGCGGUCCCGCGAGCUGCAUUCUGGGAAAUGUAGUCCAGCAGGUGCGCGAAACCCGAGGCGCUUCCCCUUGGGCAUUCUGGGAAGUGUAGUCCAGGAGCUGGGUACAGUCGGAGGGUCGGCGGCACUUCCGCUCGGGGAAGGCGAGGUCGGGGCCGAGACUGCUGGCCGUGAGUUUUGCCUUUCCAGAGCUCUGCCUCUCCCCAGAAGGAAAAGAAGAAAAAUGACCAAGUUCCAGGAGACGGUGACGUUCAAGGACGUGGCCGUGGUCUUCAGUGAGGAGGAGCUGGGGCUGCUGGAUUCCACCCAGAGGAAGCUGUACCGAGACGUGAUGCUGGAAAACUUCAGGAACCUCGUCUCUGUGGGGCAUUCAUCCUCCAAACCAGAUAUGAUAUCCCAGUUGGAGAGAGAGGAAAAGCUUUGCAUGAAGGAGAUCCACACUGAAAGAGGAGGCAGGAAUCAAAAUGAGGUGGAGACUCUUCAUGAAGCAGGAAUAAGGUGCCUUUCAUUGGGAGAGCUUUCAUGUUGGCAAAUCAAGAGACAUGUUGUGAGCAAAUUAAACAAAAAUCACGACUCUGUGAUAAAUAUUCAAGGAAAGAGUUCUCAGUUCUCCGACCAGUGUGAGUCCCCCUGUCAAGUGGGAGCAGGAAUAUGUAUUCAGGCUUCUGUGGAGGACAGCUGUAUCAUGAAUCUUCUAGAGGAUCAUUCCAAGAUUAUUGAAAAGCAAGAAUUUCUGGCUGGGAGAGCUCAUAAUUCUUGGAGUAAAAUAUAUCUCAGUGAAACACAGAAUUAUCAGAGAAGUUGUAAGACUCAGAUGAAAAGCCAGUUAUGUAUAUUUGCUCCAUACGUUAACAUUUUCAGUUGUAUUUCACACCACCAUGAUGACGGUACAGUGCACAAAAGAGACAAAGCUCACAAUAGUGACUGUGGUAAGGUGUCCCCUCUUAUCCAGCAGACCUACCACUGUAGUGAAUGUGAGAAAGCAUUCAGUGAUGGCCCCAGUCUUGAACUUCAUCAACAGGUACACUCGGGAAAGAAGUCCCCCGCUUACAGUGCACAUGAGAAGGACACCAGUUAUAGCCCAGCUGUUCCCAUUCAGCAAAGUGUUUACACAGGAAAGAAACGCUAUUGGUGUCAUGAGUGUGGGAAGGGUUUCAGCCAGAGCUCAAACCUGCAAACUCACCAGAGAGUCCACACAGGGGAGAAGCCCUAUUCAUGCCUUGAGUGUGGUAAGAGCUUUAACCAGACCUCACAUCUUUAUGCCCAUUUGCCUAUCCACACAGGAGAGAAACCCUACCGAUGUGAAAGUUGUGGGAAGGGCUUCAGUCGUAGCACUGAUCUGAAUAUUCAUUGCAGAGUUCACACUGGAGAGAAACCUUACAAAUGUGAGGUGUGCGGGAAGGGCUUCACUCAGAGAUCACAUCUUCAGGCCCACGAGAGAAUCCACACUGGAGAGAAACCAUACAAAUGUGGAGAUUGUGGUAAACGCUUUAGUUGUAGCUCAAAUCUUCAUACCCAUCAGAGAGUCCACACUGAAGAGAAACCAUACAAGUGUGAUGAGUGUGGGAAGUGCUUCAGUUUGAGCUUUAACCUUCACAGCCACCAACGAGUCCACACUGGGGAGAAACCGUAUAAGUGUGAAGAGUGUGGGAAGGGUUUUAGUUCAGCCUCAAGUUUCCAGAGCCAUCAGCGAGUUCACACAGGAGAGAAACCAUUUCGCUGCAAUGUGUGUGGUAAAGGCUUCAGUCAGAGUUCGUAUUUUCAAGCCCACCAGAGGGUCCACACUGGAGAAAAACCAUACAAAUGUGAGGUGUGUGGGAAGCGCUUCAAUUGGAGCUUGAAUCUUCACAAUCAUCAGAGGGUCCACACAGGAGAGAAACCUUAUAAAUGUGAAGAGUGUGGGAAGGGCUUCAGUCAGGCCUCAAAUCUUCAAGCUCAUCAGAGUGUCCACACCGGGGAGAAGCCAUUCAAGUGUGAAGCGUGUCAGAAGCGAUUCAGCCAGGCCUCACAUCUUCAAGCCCAUCAGAGAGUCCACACCGGAGAGAAACCAUAUAAAUGUGAUACAUGUGGUAAGGCCUUCAGCCAGAGGUCAAAUCUUCAAGUUCAUCAGAUAAUUCACACUGGAGAGAAACCAUUUAAAUGUGAGGAAUGUGGGAAAGAAUUUAGUUGGAGUGCUGGGCUCAGUGCUCAUCAGAGAGUUCACACAGGAGAGAAACCCUAUACAUGUCAGCAGUGUGGUAAAGGCUUCAGUCAGGCCUCGCAUUUUCACACACAUCAGAGGGUCCACACUGGGGAAAGGCCAUACAUAUGUGAUGUCUGUUGUAAAGGCUUCAGCCAGAGAUCACAUCUUGUAUACCAUCAGAGAGUUCACACUGGAGGAAAUCUGUAGACAUGUGAGGUGUGGUGUAGCCUUCAGUUAAAGUUCACAUCCUCCUCUCUACUGGAAAAUCGAUGCUGAGAAUUGUGGAAAGUUCCUUCAGAACUCAGAAGCCUCAAGGAAUCUUCACAUGCAAGUAAGCUCUGUAAAGUGCUGUUUUAAGGACUCAGUUGGGAGAUAAAUUCUUUACAAACAUCAGAUUUCACAGAGAGAAAACCUAUAAAUACAGUCAAUGUUUGAGUUCUGAAUGUCCCAACCUUCAGGAUGCAACGCAAAAGAAUUUCAAAAUUCAUCUGAGUCUACCCAGGAAAGAGGCCUUAUAAAUGAAGAUUAGGGGCAGAACUUUAAUGAAAGUAUCAUAAGGGACAAGUAAAAUUAACGGCAACGGCAAUGUAACCUCCAUGUAGGGAAGGAUGUUUUUCACUGCUUUAUCUCUACCGUGUAGAAGUGUGCUUGGCUCCUAAUAGAUGCCCAGCAAUUACUGAACAAGGAGAAAAUCUAUCAUUAGGACAAGUAUUUGAAAAUUGUACUCCCCUACCCAGAUUUCAUAACAACAUACUCAAAAGGAAUCCUGCAAGUAGCCUUAAUGAGAUUUCAGGACAAGUACAGAAAAUCAUGUCAUGCUGCCAUCUGCAGUAAUGCAAAUUUGGGAUGCAAUUUGUGAAUGGCCCCCAUCCUCCAUCCGGCCCUGGUUCUUUAUAGUAUGUCAGCCCUUGUGUACAGUGUAAUAUUUAGUAUCAUUAGUUUGUAUUUUAUAGACUGAAAAUACUGUUUUUAACUAAUAACAUACUAUAAUUUAUAUGCCUGGAAAUUUUGGACCCUAAUUCAUUAAGGUAGGAUUUCACUGUUACUCUUUGAAAGUGUUAAAAGUAGUUACUAAUGACAAGAAGUUUUUUAGUAAACUUGAAUUGUUAGUAAUUGGUUUCUUCUCAUUAUUUCUCUUCACGCAUAGGUCAGAUUGCCUUUCCUGUGCACAGUCCUUCAUCCAGACCUGUGUAGGCAGGGGCUUUGGCAGAUUUCAAGGACAUUAAUUUUGUCACACCCCACCUCCAUCUCUUCCCCCCCACCCCCAACAAAGGAGGGCAGAGCAAGAAACCAGUUGGGUUCUUAUUGGGGGAUGUAACAAUUUAGGUGGAUUACCAUUGACAGGGCAUUCUGUGUUCAAUACCUCUUGUCAGGAGUGGACAUAAACUGGUCAAUAUAUAUCAAAAUACCCUUUGAUCUGGCAAUCCUAGCACUAGAUGCUUUGUUUAAGAGAUUAUAGCAAAAGUGAGCAUGUAUAUAAGGAUGUUUAUACUGAUUUUUUUAAAGGAAAUAAGUAUUAGCAAAAUAAUGGAAUAAAUAUAUUCUAAUACACAGCCACCAAAAAAAAAAAAAAAGGACCUGGUUUGUAAGGACAGAGAACCAUCAUUCAUGAGAAAGCUACAUUAGAGGCUUCCCAGUAUGUGUGGCCCAAGUAAUAAUAUGUAUACCUACAGAUGCACUUACAUACAAGGAGGUAAUAUGUAGAGGGAUGUUCACAGACAUGCUACCUGGUUUACUCUGGCAGAGAGGCUUAGGGAGGUUUUAGCUUUUUGAAAAAUUAUCUACAGUGACUAUUAUUACUGUUUACCAAAACAGUAAAACUAUGAGACAGUAAAAUUAAAUAAAUAUUCCUUAAUGCUAAAUCUAAUGUAAAUCUAAAGCUUGGGGUGCAAGCGUCUGCCUUCAGCUUAGGUCAUGAUCCCAGGGUCCUGGGAUCAAGCCCCACAUCGGGCUCCCUGCUCUGCAGGAAGCCUGCUUCUCCCUCUCCCACUCCCCCGCUUAUGUUCCUUUUCU